AUGGCUGUCAAAGAAGAAAGCUCAUAUCACCCUACUGACGACUUAAUUCGAUCGUCGCCACGGAAAUACUAUCGAGCCUCCAUUAGCCCAAGUCAUUGGCAAUUGCACGAUUUGCUGAGCUCUCCGAAACAGCAUGUUGUUUACUAUCCGAGUUCGCACGACAUAAUUUGUCUUAAUACAAAAUCUCGUGAGCGCGAGCUUCUCGCAACUCUAAAAUACGAGCCGCGAUGUUUGACGGCCGCAAAGGAUUGGGUAUGCGCCGGAGGAGAUAGAGGUCAAUUCACAAGCUUUUAUGUGGGAGAAGGAGAGAGACCUGGCAAGACUGAUUCGCUUUUGGAUUUGAGUGCUGAUGCCGAUGCUCGAUUACCUCUCAUCCUACAACCGUCAGCAAGAUCAACUCAAAGAGAAACCACCGAUGAUUCCCGAAGAUCUAGUCCUGAUGCAACUACCUCGGAUGUGUCCAAGAAGAUAGGUUCUGACGUGGUGAACUGUAUAACACUUUGGUUCCCUUCAGAAACAUCGUUGCCCAUGGGAUACAAGGAACCUGUUGCUGUUGCAGCGCUCAACGAUAGCUCUGUUGCUAUUCUUAACUUACAUGACUCCGAGAUGGUGGAUACUCUCACUUAUCCUGAUUAUGUGAAUCGCGCUGUAAUAUCACCGAAAGGAAACAUCCUCAUUGCAAUUUGCGAUGAUCCAUUCCUCUAUAUCCACAAAAGGCAGCAGAAACAGGUCUCCAAAACUCAUUUUACGUCGCAUGUGAAUGAGGAGUAUGAGUGGAUAUUUUCUGGCAGGAUUCAGCUCGAAGGACAACGACCAUCGGACAAAAGUGCCAUGAGAGGUUCGUUUGCAGCAUGCUUUUCUAAUUCGGGCAAGUAUCUUGCUGUGGCCACUCAAUAUGGAGUUAUAUCGAUUUUCUUAACUGAAAGACUAAUUAAAGACGAUGUCGAUCCAUUGGAGGUUACUUUUACUACAUCACGACCUAAUGUUGAAUCUGGGGCUGUUAGAGCCAUGGAAUUCUCGCCAAAUAACUUUGAUCUACUCGCUUGGACUGAAGCUAGUGGACGUGUUGGAGUGGCAGAUGUCCGGGAUUUGUUCACUUCCAGGCAAGUAAUCGAUAUAAAUGCUCGAGGGGAGGGCGUUGAGCGAGUCUGGGUUAUUGAGCGCUCAAAUAAUCCUAUGUCAAUAGAGGCUAGGGUAGAUGCAAGGCUUCGUGCUUCUCAUACAGAGUCACCUUCUGAGGCUUCUGCCAGCGCAAUACCAGACUAUCUAGGCUUGGAUUUUGAUCAACAUCAGCAAAGGAGCCUUGCCCGCAAUUUAAGUGACAGACACCAACUUCCGCCAACUGCUGAUGAGAUGGAAAUAUUACAGGCACAUCGAACAGCUCGUCGACAAAGGGAUGCAGCCCGUGAGGCGCGAGAAACGGGAACCACUUCUAGAUGGGGUAUUUUGGAAGGAGGUAGAAUGACAGACAUUUUCGCUGACACAGAACGUCGCAUAUCCACAGCUGGUCUCCCAAGUGCUUUACGAGAAUUUGUUAAUUCAGACCGCACACCGGCUUCCUUUCGAGCCUUCAUCGAUAGACAGAAUCAGGACCGUGAAAGGCGUGUGGUAGAGAACGAGAUAAGGAAUGUGAUCAGGCGACAACAAGCAUCAUCAGUAUUAGACAAUACCACCGUAGAUGUCGAGUCUGACAGAACCGUACGGACAAGUGCAGAUACCUUUUCUGGGUUAGAGCGUCUGUCACUCGCUCCUCGUCUCCCAACCAUUGGAUAUGAAGCAGCCCCUAAUGCUUGGGCUGAACUUGAAGAAGUGUAUCGAACACGGUACUCUCGAGAUCAACUUGACGAUGAAGAGGAAGAAAAUCAAGCAUCCGCUCAAAGAUUAAGACAGCUAUGGCGUCCCUUGGAUGCGCUCACUAGACUUAGUCUUGACGUGAGGAACGAUAGUAAUGUAUUGAGAAGAGAGCGAGAGGGUAGAAGUGAGCCAGUUGACACCAUGGGGCUCGCUUGGAGCGAGGAUAGUAGGCUACUAUACGUUGGUGCCGGAGAUGGAAUUCAUGAGUAUCAGGUGAAUGUGGCGGGACGAAAAAUAUUUCCUCAUCGUGUAUUACAAUAG